AAUAUAGACUUAUGUCUUUUCGGUUCGGUUUCUUACAUUUACGUUUAUGUGGUAAAAAAACUCUAUCAAUAUCAAUUAUUUAUAUCUUCCUUUGGUUGCCGUAUCUAACUUGUUCAAUAUUACCCAAAACUCAAAUGUCGGUAACCGUUUAUAAAGUUUUGUAAACAAAUUAUAGCAAAAGUAAUCGGCAGUUAUGUCAACUAUCGGUGAUGUAAAAAUCCCUUCUGUUUAUGUAUUGGAUGGCGGGUUUUCUACGCAACUCUCGUGCCAUGUGGGGACCACCACCGACGGCGACCCGCUAUGGAGCGCUCGUUUCCUGCAAACACAUCCAGAGGAUGUUGUUAAGACACAUUUAGAUUUCUUGCGAUCUGGUUCUGAUAUUAUUAUGACGAACACAUACCAAGCUUCUGUCGGAGGAUUCGUUAAACAUUUAGGCGUCUCGCCUGAAGAAGGUCUGGGUCUCAUUCGACGAGCAGUGGAGUUAGCAAAGCGAGCAAGACAGCGGUUUCUCGAAGAGCUUCAGUCGCCUCCAGAGCGAAGGCCUCUUAUAGUCGGCUCUGUCGGUCCUUACGGAGCUCAUUUACACGACGGCUCGGAGUACGACGGCCAUUACGCUGAUAACACGUCUCCGGAGACAAUGCGUGAGUGGCACAUUCCUAGAAUUAAGACUUUGUUAGAAGCAGGUGUUGAUAUGUUAGCAUUUGAGACCAUACCAUGUCAGGUUGAGGCUGAAAUGUUAGUGGAAUUACUAAAAGAAUUCCCUGAAGCUAAGGCUUGGCUGUCAUUCAGUUGUAAAGAUGACAAGAGCCUUGUACAUGGUGAAUCCUUUAAAACUGUGGUGAAGAAAUGUUAUAAUUCAAAUCCUGAACAGUUGGUAGGUGUUGGUGUCAAUUGUUGUUCUCCCGCAAUUGUUGCAACAUUAUUCCAAGGUAUUAACAGUGACAGAGAAGAUGAUCCAAUACCGUUUGUGACAUACCCUAAUUCAGGAGAGAAAUUCAAUGUGGAUUUGGGGUGGGUGGAUCGUGACAAGUGUGUAGGUUUAGAUACAUAUGUCCAUGAGUGGUUGGACUUGGGGGUGAGGUAUGUGGGGGGGUGUUGCAGGACGUACGGAGCUGAUAUAGCUUGUAUAAAGACCAAAGUAAAAAGUUGGAUUGAGAUGAAGCAAAUGAGAAUUUCAAAGUCAACUUGAUAUUUCAACCUUGUAUUAUAAUAAUAUACCGUAGCUGUCAUGACAAAUUUCACAAAGAUUAAAUUUUAUAGUCAGUGAUGUUUAUUGCAAGUUAAAGGUAAAAAUAAAUAAUUAGCAAAAUUUUAAAAAGAAAUAUUUCCUAUUUCAUCGAAAUAGCAUUAAAAGUUGUAUAGUAUUGUAGACAGAAUUUUACUUUAAAAUAUUUUUACUAGUAAUUCAUGUGGACCGUUGUUUUUGCAGAAAGCAU